GCUCGGGCGCCAGUUUCCUCGCAGCAGGCACGCGGCCGGCUGCCUGUAGUGCGCGGUGCGAACCAUCAUACGCGAGUUCGCGGUCAUAGGCUCGAACGAACAUCGAAACCGACGGUCAGUGCAGUGACCAUGAUGAUGGACAACGGGGUGAUGAACAACUAUGACGGGUAUCCCGACGGCUAUAUGGAACAGGAGGAGGAGUGGGAACGCGAGGGUCUAUUAGACCCGGCUUGGGAGAAGCAACAGAAAAAGACCUUCACAGCAUGGUGCAACAGCCACCUCCGCAAAGCCGGCACCGGCAUCGAAAACAUCGAGGACGACUUCCGCAACGGCCUGAAGCUCAUGCUGCUGCUCGAGGUCAUCUCGGGCGAGACCCUUCCCAAGCCCGACCGCGGCAAGAUGAGGUUCCACAAGAUCGCCAAUGUCAAUAAGGCGUUGGACUUCAUCGCUUCUAAAGGCGUAAAGUUGGUAUCUAUCGGCGCUGAAGAAAUCGUCGAUGGCAACUUGAAGAUGACGCUGGGUAUGAUCUGGACCAUUAUCCUGCGAUUCGCCAUCCAGGACAUCUCAGUCGAAGAAAUGACCGCCAAGGAAGGUCUCCUCCUAUGGUGCCAACGCAAGACAGCCCCGUACAAGAACGUGAACGUGCAGAACUUCCACCUGUCCUUCAAGGACGGUCUGGCAUUCUGCGCACUCAUCCACAGGCACAGGCCCGACCUGAUCGACUACAGCAAGCUGUCCAAGGACAACCCGCUCGAGAACCUCAACACGGCGUUCGAUGUCGCUGAGAAGUAUCUCGACAUCCCGCGCAUGUUGGACCCUGAUGAUCUGCAGAACACCGCCAUGCCGGACGAGCGCGCCGUCAUGACCUACGUAUCCUCCUACUACCAUUGCUUCUCUGGCGCGCAGAAGGCUGAAACGGCCGCGAACCGCAUCUGCAAGGUUCUCAAAGUCAACCAGGAGAACGAACGCCUGAUGGAAGAGUACGAACGUCUUGCCAGUGAUCUUCUGGAAUGGAUCCGCCGCACCAUGCCGUGGCUGAACAGCCGCCAGACGGACAACUCUCUCGCCGGCUGCCAGAAGAAACUGGAGGACUACCGUACUUACAGACGUAAGCACAAGCCGCCCCGUGUGGAGCAGAAGGCCAAGCUCGAGACCAACUUCAACACGCUGCAGACCAAGCUGCGCCUCAGCAACCGCCCCGCCUACAUGCCCACUGAGGGCAAGAUGGUUUCCGACAUCGCCGGAGCCUGGAAGGGCCUGGAGAUCGCCGAGAAGGCGUUCGAGGAGUGGCUGCUGAGCGAGAUGAUGCGGCUCGAGAGGCUCGAGUACCUCGCGCAGAAGUUCAAGCACAAAGCCGACAUCCACGAGGACUGGACCAGAGGCAAGGAGGAGAUGCUGCAGUCCCAGGACUUCAGGCAGUGCAAGCUGCAGGACAUCAAGGCUCUCAAGAAGAAGCACGAGGCGUUCGAGUCCGACCUCGCCGCGCAUCAAGACCGCGUCGAGCAGAUCGCCGCCAUUGCGCAGGAACUCAACACCCUGGAGUACCACGAGGUGGCGGCGGUGAACGCGCGCUGCCAGCGCAUCUGCUCGCAGUGGGACCGCCUGGGCGCGCUCACGCAGCGCCGGCGCCAGGCGCUGGACGACGCCGAGCGCGUGCUGGAGCAGAUCGACCUGCUGCACCUCGAGUUCGCCAAGCGCGCCGCGCCCUUCAACAACUGGCUGGACGGCACGCGCGAGGACCUGGUGGACAUGUUCAUCGUGCACACCAUCGAGGAGAUCUCCGGCCUCAUGGACGCGCACGCGCGCUUCAAGGCCACGCUGGGCGAGGCCGACAAGGAGUACCAGGCGAUAGUGAACCUGGUGCACCAGGUGGAGUCCAUCGUGAAGCAGCACCAGAUCCCCGGCGGCCUCGAGAACCCCUACACCACCCUCACCGCGCACGAGCUGAACCGCAAGUGGUCGGACGUGCGGCAGCUGGUGCCGCAGCGCGACGGCACGCUGGCGGCCGAGCUGCGCAAGCAGCAGAACAACGAGACGCUGCGCCGGCAGUUCGCCGAGAAGGCCAACGCCGUCGGGCCCUGGAUCGAGCGCCAGAUGGACGCCGUCACCGCCAUCGGCAUGGGCCUGCAGGUAACACGCCGCCUACAGAACAACGAGACGCUGCGCCGGCAGUUCGCCGAGAAGGCCAACGCCGUCGGGCCCUGGAUCGAGCGCCAGAUGGACGCCGUCACCGCCAUCGGCAUGGGCCUGCAGGUAACACGCCGCCUACAGAACAACGAGACGCUGCGCCGGCAGUUCGCCGAGAAGGCCAACGCCGUCGGGCCCUGGAUCGAGCGCCAGAUGGACGCCGUCACCGCCAUCGGCAUGGGCCUGCAGGUAACACGCCGCCUACAGAACAACGAGACGCUGCGCCGGCAGUUCGCCGAGAAGGCCAACGCCGUCGGGCCCUGGAUCGAGCGCCAGAUGGACGCCGUCACCGCCAUCGGCAUGGGCCUGCAGGGCUCGCUAGAAGACCAGCUCCGACGACUGAAGGAGUACGAAGCCGGCGUGUACGCGUACAAGCCGCACAUCGAGGAGCUCGAGCGCAUCCACCAGGCCGUACAGGAGGGAAUGAUCUUCGAGAACAGGUACUCGCAAUACACAAUGGAGACGCUCCGCGUGGGCUGGGAGCAGCUGCUCACGUCCAUCAACCGCACCAUCAACGAGGUCGAGAACCAGAUCCUCACGCGCGACUCCAAGGGCAUCACGCAGGAACAGCUCACCGAGUUCCGCGCCAGCUUCAACCACUUCGACAAGAACCGCACUGGCCGCCUCGCCCCCGAGGAACUCAAGUCGUGCUUAGUGUCGGUCGGCUACAGCAUCGGCAAGGACAGGCAAGGAGAGCUCGACUUCCAACGCAUCUUGGCCGUCGUCGACCCCAACAACACAGGUUACGUGUCGUUCGAUGCGUUCCUGGACUUCAUGACGAGGGAAUCCACAGACACAGACACCGCUGAGCAGGUCAUCGACAGCUUUAGGAUCUUAGCUGGCGACAAGCCGUACAUCACGGCGGAGGAGCUGCGCCGCGAGCUACCGCCGGACCAGGCGGAGUACUGCGUGGCGCGCAUGCCGCCCUACCGCGCCGGCGGCCCGCCCGGCGCGCUCGACUACAUGGCCUUCUCCACCGCGCUCUACGGCGAGACCGACCUCUAGGUACCUGCACCCUACACCCCACACGUCGCAUGCCGCCCUACCGCGCCGGCGGCCCGCCCGGCGCGCUCGACUACAUGGCCUUCUCCACCGCGCUCUACGGCGAGACCGACCUCUAGGUACCUGCACCCUACACCCCACACGUCGCAUGCCGCCCUACCGCGCCGGCGGCCCGCCCGGCGCGCUCGACUACAUGGCCUUCUCCACCGCGCUCUACGGCGAGACCGACCUCUAGGUACCUGCACCCUACACCCCACACGUCGCAUGCCGCCCUACCGCGCCGGCGGCCCGCCCGGCGCGCUCGACUACAUGGCCUUCUCCACCGCGCUCUACGGCGAGACCGACCUCUAGGUACCUGCACCCUACACCCCACACGUCGCAUGCCGCCCUACCGCGCCGGCGGCCCGCCCGGCGCGCUCGACUACAUGGCCUUCUCCACCGCGCUCUACGGCGAGACCGACCUCUAGGCGCAGGUCGAUCGAGUCGCGUCAUGAUCAUCUCAUCGGGAGCAGCCACAGGAUGCCGCCGCGCCGGCCGCGAGGCAGACAUGUUUCCCUUACGUUGACGACGAGCCCUAUUCUGCCAACGUAACGCAAACAUCAUCUGCCGACAAUUAAUAUUUAAUACAGUCCUGUAUAAACUUAAGUAUGUGCAAUGUUCAAACCAAAAAUGCCAUUAACUUUCACACCGUUACACUCUUCUCCCUAAUGACUACUGUAAACUUUGGCUCAAAUCAGAGAAAUCAUCUAUAGAAUACGUUUUCGACAUCUCUAUUUAUACACUAGUGUUAGGUAUUUUUAACUUUUAUAUGAAAUUCUCAGGGAAGUCACAAAACAUUUAUUUGUAAGAUGGAAAUGGUGCUAAUGUUAGGCUUGACUAAUGUGUGACACCAAAAUAAGACUCAUUCACGUUGUGAGAAUGUUUUUGUUAUAUUUUUUAUUUAUAAGCAAAAAAUUAUUUAUACAAGUUCAUUUUAAUUACUGCCAUUAGUAAUUUAUAGUACUUCGAUGGUAGGUACGUAAAGUUUUAAGCUGUCUAAAUUCGUAAAUGCAGGGAAGUGUCACACAAAUUAUUUAUAUCAUAGAUUGCCAUAGCUUGCCUGCAUCUAUUUAUUUAUCAUUUUUAUAUGAUUAUCGUUUUUGAGAGUAUUUUUGUUUGAGUACUCUAUAUAAAUGAUCUGCCAUAUUUGUCUUUUAAUAAUGACUGUGUUGAUAAUCCAACCAAUAUCGUAUGAGAAAGAUUGGCACAGUAAAUAAGAAUAAGAAUGAAUUAUGUGCCCAAAAAGUAUACUAACUCGAAUGUACAGCUAAUUUAAUAAAAAGCUCUUAAACACA